CCGACUUCUCACGGCUCCGAGUUACGCUGAGAGCCAGCGACCGACACGUUGUUUAAUAUGUGCUUUUCUUAAAAACAAAACAAAACAAACAAAAAAUAACAUACUAAAUGGCGAAGAUACGUCCGCUGUGAUCUUCGGCGGUAGAUUCUCCACAUGAGAACAAACAGCGUUGUCUCUGUGGGGAUAGAGGAGCUGUUCGUUUCAGCCGUCUGGAUCAAGGUUCAUGUGUUUUGUUUUUUGUUUUUUUCCUUCGGAUUUCGGCAGUUUCUCAGACGCUGGAAUGAUGGAUAAGAGACGUGGCUGGCUGUGGAGGGCAGCAGGCCUGGAUCCUGCUCUCCGACACCAGGGUUGAGAAGCUGCAGAGGAGUGAGGGGUUUCCCCAGCUCACGCCUGACUUCCCCCUCCUGACCUCCGUCAGGCCUUCCUCAUCAUCAUCUCAGCUGUCUUUCCUGCACUCAUCUUUAACUGCUUGACUGUCAAGCUGGGUCUAACUGACUUUCACUGAAAUAUAAGAAGAAAAUCAAGUGCCCCUAAAUAUAAUUUUAUGUCCUCCUAAGUUCCAAACACACCCAGCAACCAUGAGGAACACCAGGUCAGGUCUUCUGCUGGGCUGCGUGCUCCUCUGCUCCGCCUCCCUGCUCUACCUGGGCAUGAGCGGGAUAGAAUGCCCUCCAAAAAGCCAUCGGCACAGAUGGAUGGAGCUCAACCUGGGCUUGGCCAAUCAGAGUCUAUCCCUCACUGAACACUUCCCCGAAGACACACCGCUGAUCUUCAUCGGAGGCUUUCCCAGGAGCGGCACCACACUGAUGCGUGUCAUGCUUGAUGCCCACAAUGCCGUGCGGUGUGGGGAAGAGACCCGCGUGAUUCCCCGCCUCUUGGCUAUGCGUGCCACCUGGAGUCGUUCGGUGAAGGAGAGGAUACGAUUGGACGAGGCGGGUGUCACGGACCAGGUGUUGGAUUCAGCCGUGCGAGCAUUCCUGUUGGAGGUGAUAGUUGGCCAUGGGGAGCCUGCACCUCGCCUUUGCAACAAGGACCCAUUCGCUUUGAAGUCUCUGUCAUACCUUGCGCGCAUCUUCCCUAAAGCCAAAUUUGUGCUAAUGCUACGUGAUGGGCGGGCAGCCGUCCACUCCAUGAUAUCACGCAAAGUGACAAUCUCUGGUUUCGACCUGACCAGCUACAGGGACUGUCUGACCAAGUGGAGCAGUGCGGUGGAAACCAUGUUCAGCCAGUGCCAGGCAGUCGGGAAGGGCAGAUGUCUGCCCGUCCGCUACGAGCACCUCGUUCUCUACCCAGAGGAGGAAAUGAGGAAGUUGCUUCACUUCCUAGACCUGCAAUGGGAUCCGUCAGUGCUGCACCAUGAAGAGCUGAUUGGAAAGGCUGGUGGUGUGUCUCUGUCCAAGGUUGAGCGUUCGACGGACCAGGUGAUGAAGCCGGUGAACACAGAAGCCCUCUCCAAGUGGGUGGGGAACAUUCCCGCUGACGUGAUGAGCGACAUGGCUGAAAUCGCCCCCAUGCUGGCUCGCCUUGGCUACAACCCUCACGGCAACCCCCCCAACUACACAAGGCCAGAGCCCGUGGCGUCCCCGUUCAAAUACUCACAGAGUUUGAAAACAGCAGAAACUCCACACCCCAGUUAAGCGACAGAGGAAAAUGCUGUAAGCCCAGCUUCGCUGUUCCACCCUGUGGAUGCACCUUAACGACAGGCCAGCUCAGCAGUAAUUCUCACAGGAACAUUUUUAAAGUGUCCCAUGUGUAUUUUUGAAUUGUCAGACUUGAGUGUUCAUGCCUGUACAUGGGUGGAGUGUUUAAAAUACAAAUUCGUUCAACUGGUUUGGGGUUUAAGUCUCAGAUCUUACACCGUAUGUGGACUACCUGCUCAGGGAAGUUCGCUGCUCCACGGUGAACGGACAGUAUUACACUGCAAUUUUGACGCAUCCUCACACUUCGUACCUGACAGUAUUUCAAUAUGUCUGUAAGUUGUUAUGACUUCUCCACAAAUGUGAAUGUGUCUUUACACAAAUCUUUGACUUACUGAGAAUUCAGUCAGUGUCCAUCAAACAUAAUGACUGUAUAUUUUUAAAGAUGUACGUUUAUUUUCGUAAUAAAUUAUUUUGGUGUUGACCACGCAUUCAGGAAUUUAAAAGUUGUUGAUUCUGAAUUGAGGGUUUUUGAUUGUUACAUAUUUGUUGAACACGAAUAAAAAGAGCCUAAAUGUCACCUUAUAAUGUAGUUUAUGCAU